CUCUCUGCAUGAUAACACAGCCGCCGACAACUAGCGUAAUCUGCAGUUGGGCCAAAAGUCCGUGUGCUUUCCCCUCCCGUAUUACUCGUAUUUUAGGAUGUUGAUUCCUAUUGACUGUUCGAGACUUUGUAAUAUGUUGAAGAUGUUACAUUUCAGCUAUUUUGGCCCCAGAUUUACCCCUCCUUUAUGCAGACUAGGGUGGAGUGGAAGGGAAUAUUUCAAUUUAAAACCACAACCCCAAGCAUCCACUGCCUAUCCCUCCCGGUGCAUGUUCUAUUAUUCGGCUGAGACAAGAAGGGCGGCAUGAGCUCUGCUCCACGGGCUUCGAGCCCAUCCCUGAUAUCUACUGCCCUACUGGCCGUCGCGAUCAUUUUCCCUAUCCUGGCGACUCUCGCCGUUGCGCUUCGUAUCUGGUCGAAUACAUAUAAGGCCAAGCGGCUAUUUGCAGAUGACUAUGUCAUUAUUAUAGCCCUACUAUGUGCUUGGGGGGUCCCCAUUGAUGUUUACGUGGCUGCCGGGCUCGGGGGGAUUAACGAGAGUACCUUACCCUCGCUUGAAGCCGCGAGGGUCUUUCUCAGGGCCCUUUGGAUUGAGAUAUUCCCCCUGAUCGCAAGCUUGGUUCUUGUCAAGGUUUCUAUUCUCCUCUUCUACAGAAGGAUAUUCGUUACCCGGUGGUUCCAGUUCGCCGUUUGGGCCUAUAUUGCAAUUCUGCUCGCGUGGGGGAUUGCUUGCCUCGUAGCCCAAGCGGUUGCCGCGAACCCAGUCACCGCAGCGUUUAAUCCACUGGCUGGCAAUCCACUUCGCUACAACUACAACCAUUUUACCAUCGCAGUGACGGGGAUGAGUAUGUGUUUCGAUUUGAUCGUACUCUGCUUUCCCAUUCCUGUGAUCCAUCGUCUCAUGAUAUCCACUCGGCAAAAGGUCCAACUGGCGGGCAUUUUCUGGCUGGGUAUCUUUUGCUGCAUUGCCUCUAUUAUUCGUUUCUAUUACGUCUACACAGAGGUCUACGAAUCCACGAGCUCCACCGGCACAAACCGCUACGCAACCGUAACUCCUGGCAUUACAUGGGGAACGAUUGAGCCCUGUACCAGCGUGAUCGCUGCUUGCCUCCCGACCUACGGACACCUAUUCAACACAAGCUGGAAUAUUCCCAGCUGGGCUCGAAGUUUGUGGAGUCACGUCGCAAAGAGAGAUACUCUCCGUAGCGAUCACAGCAGGGGCUCUGGUCGGAAAUCUACGAUAAUCCUCACUAGUACUGACUCAUCACAUGACUCCAAUCAAUCAAACCGUGGGCAUCCCUGGCAGCGGUUAGAACGUAAUAGAGGUGAUGUAGACAUGGAAAUGGGGAAUCUCACCUUCAAGGAUCAUGUCCCUUUGGCAAGUGAUGUGCAGCCAAUGAGUAUCCACGUCUCGCAGACUUUUACGCGGCAGGAACGGCCGGCCUCACCUCGGGACACUACGACAAAGGGCAAACCCAUGGGAUAUGAAGGCAUAUUCUAACCGUGAGGAGCGGUGACAGGGUAUGACCGAAGGGUACGCGCUCUGAAGAGUUUGAAACAGGUGAGAAACACUGUGUAUAUAAUUAUGUAGGAAGAUAUGAUACGUUCUUGGUAC